GUCGACCGAGUCUCUGACGAUCUCAACGACUGGAUUGAGCAGAGAUAUUCGACAUGCGGUGACAGGGUGAAAGACCGAGUGCCUCGGUCUCAAAGACCUGGAUGGCGGGUGUAGUUGUAAACAAGCGGCAGGGAUUUGAUACAUCAAUGCACCGCCACAUCACAGACUUGAUCACGCCUUUCCGGCAUUCAAAUUCGUCCAAGACCAAGGACUAGUAGUUCAACUUCCAUUGCACAGCACAGUAGUGCCCGUUGUGCCCCCCUGUCCCUUCCAGAAUCUCCUCACUACUUGACUCUGUAUCGUUGACCACUCACCGAGUCACGUUGCGUCAGUCAAGUUUGGGAAAUGCCCUUGCUCUGGCGCCCAAGUCCUGCUCUCGCAGUAGCUCUGAUUGCCGCCCUUGCGAUCAUCCUUCUGAAACUCUGGGACCCGUCCGCGACGCCAUACGCUUCUCGACAACUUCCUGGCCUGAAGGGCAGCAAACGAGACAAGUUUGGACAGGUGUACGAGCUUGUUCGGGAUGAGUUGCUGGGAGGCGCAUUUGCUCAGAUGAACGUGCCGGAGGAGGCCCGAGUGUGGUAUCAACGUAAUAUGGACUACAACGUCCCUGGCGGGAAACUCAAUCGUGGGCUUUCGGUCGUAGACUCGGUGGAAAUCAUCACAGGACGCGACCUUUCAGACGCCGAGUUCCUCAAAGCGUCCGUCUUGGGCUGGGCCGUGGAGUUUCUUCAAGCUUCGUUUCUUGUUCUCGACGAUGUCAUGGACAAGUCCCAUACGCGACGCGGCCAGCCUUGCUACUAUCGCGUCGAGGGUGUGGGAAGCAUUGCCUUGAACGAUGCGAUGAUGUUGGAAGCAUCGGUAUAUCGGCUUCUCCGACAUCAUUUCCGCGCAGAGCCGUAUUAUGCCGACUUGAUUGAUCUUUUUCACCAUACGACAUUCCAGACAAAUACCGGCCAAUUACUGGACUUGAUCACCGCGCCCGAGGACGUGGUCGAUCUAUCGAGAAUGUCGAUUGAAAAAUUCCGACUCAUCGCCAGAUACAAGACUGCAUACUACUCCUUCUACCUUCCCGUUGCGCUGGCAAUGAUUAUGACGAACAUUCCCUUCGAUCAGGCUUCCCUCGAUGCCCGACAGCCGGAGAUGUCUCCAUACGGUGUGGCGAAAAGCAUCUUGAUUCCGAUCGGCGAGUACUUCCAAGUGCAGGACGACUUUUUGGACUUUGCAGGCGCACCAGAAACGAUCGGGAAAGUGGGAACCGAUAUCGUUGACAACAAGUGCUCCUGGUGCAUCAACACAGCACUUCAACUUGUCACUGCCGACCAACGUCGAGUUUUGGACGCCAACUAUGGUCGGCACGACCAGGAGAUGGAGGUCAGAGUCAAGGCCAUAUUUGAAGAUGUCGGUCUCCGAAGUCACUUUGCCGACUACGAACGACGAACCCAUGAAGAAAUCAGUCUGCUCAUUGCACGGAUACCAGAUGACUACGUCCUCAAAAAAGAGCUGUUCCGACGAUUUCUAGAUAAGAUAUACAAGAGACAGAAAUGAAAACGUGCGCCCAUUCGUGCCGAGACGCAUUCCGAACAACACUACCAGUUUCACUCUCAGAACAUUGGGACUCCCGACUUGCCAUCCGAGCAGGUCCGAGUGCAGUGGUCCAGAUCACGUGGGUGCGAUCUAGGAACUCGAGAAUCAUUGAGAUCACAGUCGCUGUCUUGUCCCUGAAAAACACUGGAACCGACUACGCGACAAAGUCCCGGUGCCUACUUUCCUCGUUCAUCGCACAAUAUAGACGAAGAUGUGGCUUGGGGCGCCGGCAAGGGCUGCACUUACGCCAUAUCCGAGGAUCUAAAUCCCACCCUAGUCCGUUUUUGCACCAUUUUCCGCAUCGAGGCUUGUCUUCUCUCCCCCGGACCGACACUUUAAAGUUAUGCUAUGACAAGGCGAUCAGAGGCUAGAUCUGCAUUGGAACUUCGCGGGAGUGCUUCAAAGACGGCGCCGAAAUCGUUGGCUCGCACAUAACCCACGGCCUUCCUUGCUCGCGAGUGGGCAGCUUUUGAGUGGCUUCAACCCAUUGUUUUUUCGUCGUCUCUCCUUUGGCCCUACGCCAUCCGAAUCCAACGAUGAGCUCUUGUGAAGGACAGCAGCCGCCACCGCCGACGUAUUCGCUCAACGGGAGCCCGUCUCCGCCACCGUCAAGCCCCAACUCGUGCUCGGAGCUGGGCUACGGAGAGUACAAGUUCAGAUUCCACGACCACGCUGGGUCACGGUCGCGGUCGCCGUCGGUGGUGGACUCGGGGCUCGGGACAGAAUGCUCGGUGUUCCCUCAGCACGCGCCAAUCACGACCCCCGCGUUCCCUUACGUUCCGCCGCCGCCGCCGCUUCCGUUUGUGCUAUCGCCGUAUCAAAUCGGCAGCCUCGGGCACAGUCAUCCUGACGCACUGACGCCGGGCCGGGGCGCGCGUGAUCCGGCGCCCCCACGCACCGCGCAAGAGCGGCGGCGCUCGGUUUCUGCGUUCCCCGACCAUCAGGUGGAAGUCACGCCGCGUCCGUCUAUGUCGAGCAGUGCCGGGCGGCCGUUCUCCCGGGCGCACAAUCCCAACACGCUCAACUUCGUGUCUGUGUACCGCAAGACCCACCGUCACGCACGAAGCUUUUCGCUUUCGCCGGUUCCGAGCAGCAAGUCGUCGAUCACGGGGACGUUCGUCGUGGAUCCGUUUCUGCGGAUCCCGGGCCAGAUUCUGACUCCGCUGCUUCCGGGGGAGAUCCGGAAGAACCUCGUACUGCAGGCCGAGGGCGGGGGGAUCGAUGUCGAUGUGCAUCUCGCUGGUGCGACCGAAGAGCUCAAUUCCGACCUCGUAGAGAAGGUGGAUCUGCACUUCGAAGUCUGCGGCAGGAUGGGCAACACGUAUCCGCUGAUGGUGAAACUCCACACCCCCUCGCUCUACCGCCCGCCACUUCACACGAAAUUCCGGUCGAAGAACGGGUUCACCUCGAUACACCUACCGCCGUCUUUCCAUGGGCUGCUCACCAUCGUAGUCGAAGCCGGGAACCUGAAUGCCCACAUCGGUCUCUCAAGAUCAAUCGGCGCCCACGCGACGCUGCUGCGGGAAGACAGCACCUCGCGGCUGUAUUUCAUCGGUGUUCUGGACGACGAGUGGGACGGUGAUCAGGCCCAAGUGGAAGUCGAAAGUGGGCGCGUGUGGAUCCAGUUCGGCGGCGGAAGGGAACGUAAUAUGGACGUCUGGCGCCGAGUCCGGUGGGAGGUUUUGGGACUGUAGCUUUUUGGUUGCCUGUCGGGAAUGCCUUUUGGCAAUCCUUCAAAUUAGGCUUUUUAGUACAUCAAGUACUUCUGCAAUCAAACGGCUGUGUUAACGGUCUUCUCGAUCUGCCCGUCUUGGGUCACCCAUUCGUUCUCGGGACCGGUCACUCCACCGCCAUUUCUGCCAGCGAAGAGCGGUGGCUGACUGCGCUUUCUCCAGAAGACGCGACCCCGGAAGAGCUCCUGUUUGGAUUGUGUCCAGCAGCUUGCAGAAAACACCAGGCAGAGGGAAAUCGCUUACGGCCUGGGUGCCAAAGAUCGCGGCCGCCAUGAUAGAAACUGGCCCGACAUCAUCAGAACGCGCGGUAGUAUGCAGAGGGCGCAAAAAAAACGGACCGAUGGUCAAGCCCAGGUUCCAGAGAGGUUCUGUGCCGGACUGCAGCAAGGGGAGGGCGCUCAAUCUGGGGAUCUGAUCGGUGACGACGCCGAAAGCAGCGCGGGAAGACAGACCCAACACCCGCCACAGACAGCACCGUGAACAAAUUGACACGGACCAGCAUGGACAAAGAGAUGUUCGGGUCCGUAUUGAAUUGAUCCGAGCGGCGGAACACAGCUCAAUGGCGGCGCAGGACCACUGCGAGCCAAACCGCAGCGCGGCCGUCAUACCAGUGAGAACUGGGAACGGCGGGGUAGACCGCGCGCUCUCACCUUCCAGCGGGACGAUCAGGAUUCCAGUGCCGACGGCGAUGCACGCACUGAGCCGAGCACUGCCGGGAGAGACGCUGUCAGGCCAUUUGCAGCUUGCCUUCUGGAGGGGGAAGGACGCACGGGAAAGGCGAUGUCAAAUGGCAGUACAGCUGGGUGUCGACCCGAGCCACGUCCUCCGCUGUCCGGACCGGCUGCAGACGGUUAGCAAGUCCACCCUGGGCGACGAACACGGAAGCGGCGUCGCACGAGCAGGAAGAGCAGGAGGAGCAG